AUGCCUCCGCGAUACUUCAAGAACGAUGCCGAGCUGGCGAGGAGAGACCCUCACCGCCAACUGGAAGCGUCUCUCAACCGCCUCGUCACAAACUACCCGCCAGCUUCGAUACAGCCCGGGGGAGGUCUCUUCAAAGGCCCGAUAAGUGUCGCAUACAUCUUCCUCGUGCUCCAGCAGCUCUAUCCCGACCUCACGAUCGCCGACACACCUCUAUCAAGCCUAAGCUCAGCCUACCUUAAGCACGCACAGGACAACAUCGGCUCAUACCCCGGUCCUACAGUCGGCAAAUGCGGCCUUACAGACGACAUCCUCUGUAUGCUCGCCAUUGGCGCAGCGAGCAGCAAAGACGCGGACAUGGCGGCGAGUCUGUGCGACUACUCUGCCGAGGCCAUAGACCCCGAGUCCGAGAACGAAGUCCUCUACGGUCGUGCAGGAUACCUCUACCUUCUAAGGCUGGUCAAGGCCUCUUUCGGCGACAACCCUAAGACAAUGCAACUUCUCAACGACACUCAAGAUGAUGUGAUUGACGCCAUACUCGACUCGCCUCGGCCUUGGAAGUGGCACGGCAAGGUUUACAUCGGCGCGGUGCAUGGUGCGAUCGGCAUCAUCACUCAGAUUGUGCUCUGCAACCCGCAGAAGUAUGCGCCGAAGCUGGAAACGGAGCUGGCGGUACUGUUGACGUAUCAGUUCGAGAGUGGCAAUUUUCCGAGUAGCGUGCCUGUGGAGAAAGACCGGCUUGUGCAGGUCUGUCAUGGCGCGCCGGGGGUGAUUGUCAGUUUGAACAGCAUCAAGGAGUACUUCCCAGCACUAAGGGAUAAGAUUGAGAAGGCGGUUGCGAAGGGCAGGGAAGCUAUCUGGGAGAGGGGACUGUUGACCAAGGAGCCGUGUCUUUGUCACGGCAUCUCAGGCAAUGCUCUAGCUCUGCAGGACAAGGAGUUCGAGCACCUUCUCACUUACACUACUGGCAACGAGAUGAAGGCGAUGGAGAAGGACGGUCUGCUGGAGAAGAGCUCAUCGCCAGAAGGGUUGUUCACUGGCGAGGCUGGACGAGCGUGGUGCUGGGCAGUGGCGGAUUUGGGUCUUAAGAAGGCGGUGCUGGGGUACAAUGACCUAUGA